AUGCUGUUCUGGAUGGUUCUACUGCUCCCCGUUUCCAUGAUUGAAUCCCAAGAGUUGCUGCAGACUCCUGUGCUGAGCCGUGUUUCCUCUCCAGACUCCGAAGAUCUGAUCCUGAAGUGCAAGGCAGAGGUGCAUCCUGAGAAGCCAGAUUUGCAGCUCUUUUAUUCUUUCUAUAAGAAUAACCGUGCCAUUCUGAACAGGGGUCGUAGCCAGUUAUUACACAUUGCAGAAGCUAAGGAGGAAGACUCAGGGCUUUACCAGUGUAUGGUGGCCACUGAGGAUGGCAGAAUCCAGAGAGAAAGUAACUAUCUGAGCAUCCCAAUACAGAUCUCCCAUUCUAUGUACCUUCCUCCAGUGCCUGUGCUCACUCUGCAACAUGAAGCCACUAACCUUGCUGUAGGAGACAUGGUGACAUUUCUCUGUAAGACCCAGGGGGGCUCCCUUUUAAUCUUGUACUCCUUCUACCUUGAUGGAAAGAUCAUAGGGAAAGCCCUGGCUCUCUUUGACAGAACUGCUUCCUUCCCCAUCUCAGUAAGCCAAGAGUGGAGUGCUAAAAACUAUUCCUGUGAAGCUAAAAACAAAAUCUCCACAGAGAGGAGUGAGACCAAGGAGUUCCCCUUGGUUGGUAAGUCUUGUCCCACAUAAUCUCUGAGCCCCAGUAACUGGCAGAAGCCAGAUCUCCCUCUCUUCUAACUUUCCA